GUAGAUCUAUAAACUAUAUGCCGCGCUACUUUGUUAUUGUGAUCGGUACUCAGUCACCGCUGUUUGUCAUUUAGGGAUCAGUGGGACCCGUAUGUUUGCUGUUGGUGGAGAGCUGCCCGUCCACUGCCUGUUUUCUCCGGUAGUGGCUACGUGUAAUUUUAGUGGAAGAUGGCAGAUAGAAAAAACAAUAACGUUCCCACCACCGGGGCUAAUCUACUGUUCAGCGCCGCUCCGGAAUUUAACUUUAAUCUGCCUUUCAUGCCAGUGAGCCAGGCUUCCGGUCCUGCGGUGUUGUCAGGAGAAGAUUCUACUGAUGUAGGAGAAGAAGACAGCUUCCUUGGCCAGACCUCUGGAAAUGGACCUGCAACUUCGACCUUUAACUAUUUCUCCAGUCCUGUAGCCACCAGUGAUCCAUUUGCAUCCAUCGGUCAGUCGUCAUUCCCUCCACCGUCCCUGUCAACAGGACCGCCAACGACAUCAGGCCCAGUUUCUGUUCCCAGUAGUGUGCCGAUUGGUCCACCACCACCUCCAGGUCCCCAGAUUAACCCCACCGCUCCUGUGUUUGGCAAUGCUGUUUACCAGAGCCCUAUGGGACGCCACACUCCCCCUCCUCCCUUUGCUCCCCCUACCUCCUUAAUGACACCACCACCUCCUCAGAUGAGCACACACAGCCAUAACCCGUACCGACACACCCCAGCCAGCAGUAGAGUCAAUCCUUAUAUUCCAGCUCCAGAGAUCCUGCCACCAACACACACACCUCAGCAGAAUCCCUACUCAUUCAGUUCUCCGCCGUCGACUUUCCCGUCUCCAGGAUCUACAUUUACGAAGCCUCCUCCCACACAGUUCGCAACACCUCCACCUCAAGCUAACCCUGGAGUGAUUGUGCCAACAGGACCCAUGAUGUCAUACAAUUAUAAUGUAUAUGAAGCAGUCCAGCCUCACUGGUUCUUCUGUAAGCAAGUGGAGUCAAAGAGUGUCUGGCUUCCUUUUAGCAUAAUCGACUCCCUCCAGUUGGAGGAGACAUUUAACUCAGUUCAACCAGAUCCAGAGAAUGUGAUUGUGCGAACAGAUGGAGGACGCUAUGAUGUGCAGCUCUAUGACCGCAUGAGGACUGCAGUGUACUGGGAAGAAGAGGCCACGGAGGUCCGACGUUGCUCCUGGUUCUACAAAGGGGACUCAGACAGUCGCUUUAUUCCUUAUUCAGAAGAGUUCAGUGACAAGCUUGAGGCAGAAUAUAAGAAAGCUGUGUCUACCAACCAGUGGCACCGUAGACUGGAGUUUCCAUCAGGAGAAACCAUCGUUAUGCAUAAUCCAAAGGUGAUUGUGCAGUUCCAGCCCUCCUCCAUACCUGAUGAAUGGGGCACAACUCAGGAUGGGCAGACCAGGCCCAGGGUAGUGAAGAGAGGCAUAGACGAUGAGCACGACGAUGUCCCUGAUGGUGAACUUGCAACAGUGGAUCAUCUUGUGUUCAUGGUCCAUGGAAUUGGUCCCGUGUGUGACCUUAGGUUUCGGAGCAUGGUGGAGUGCGUGGACGACUUCCGGAAUGUGUCACUGAAGCUGCUGCACAGUCACUUUAAGAAUUCACUGGAUGAACAUGCCAUCAGCAGGGUGGAAUUUCUUCCUGUGCAGUGGUACAAGUCUCUACACGGAGAUGCCACUGGAGUUGACAGGAGGAUAAAGAAAAUCACUCUGCCCAGCACUGGCCGUUUACGUCACUUUACCAAUGAGACGUUGUUAGAUGUCCUUUUUUACAACAGUCCCACCUACUGUCAGACCAUCAUGGACACAGUUGCCCAGGAGAUUAACAGACUUUACGCCCUCUUCAUGAUGAGGAACCCCGAUUACAAAGGAAAAAUAUCUGUGGCUGGACACAGUUUAGGUUCCCUGAUUCUCUUUGACCUGCUUUCAAAUCAGAAGGAUGGCUCUCUUCUGCCUGCUGCUCAGAUGUCUAAUGGAGAGACCAGUCAGGUGUCAGCUCCUGUAACACAGGACAGUAAUGUAGCUGCUCCUGCAGCUGUAGAAGAGGAAAACAAAGAAGAUGAAGAGGAACUUGAAGAUCUUUCUACCAUGCUGGAGAACCUGGGCCUGUCUGACUACAAGAGUAUAUUUGAUGAGGAGAAGAUCGACAAUGAGUCUUUUCUCAUGUGCACAAUGGAAGAUUUGAAGGAGAUGGGAAUCCCACUCGGUCCCAGAAAAAAGAUCGUCAAAUUUGUCAAGGAGAAAUUGAAUAAGCAGGCAGCACGUCAGGCAGCUCAGGAGAAGAAGGCAGAGGUCAAAGAGGUCAGCCAGGCUGCUGCACCAGCACCAGCUGCUGAAGCUCUUCCUGAUCACACUGUACAGAAGCGUCCUGUGGGUCGCACCAUGUCCUCCAUCCACGUGGACUACAACUACUUUGAAGUUGGCACCGGGCAGGUGUCAGUGGUUUACCACGCUCUAGACUUUGAUCUUGAGAAUUUCUUUGCUCUGGGUUCUCCCAUCGGGAUGUUCCUGACAGUCCGAGGAUUGGAGAAGAUUGAGGAAACGUACCACCUGCCCACGUGCAAGGGAUUCUUCAAUAUUUACCAUCCAUUGGACCCAGUAGCGUACAGGAUUGAACCCAUGAUUUAUCCAGACUUGGACUUGAAGCCUGUGCUGGUCCCUCAUCACAAAGGAAGGAAGAGGCUACACCUUGAACUGAAGGAGAGUCUCUCUAAGAUGGGCUCAGACCUGAAGCAAGGUUUCAUCAGCUCCCUUAGGAGUGCCUGGCAGACGCUCAACGACUUUGCCCGCGCUCACACCUCGUCUGCCCAACUCCAGGCCGAGCUGGCCAUCGUGGCCAAUCAGAUCGAAGAGCAGGAGAAGCAAGUUGAAGAGGACCAUAGGAUCCCAGAGAGCCCAGAGCCACAGAGAGAGGAGGAGCCCGAGGUGAAGAUGGGGUUGUUGAACGGAGGGAAUCGCAUCGACUACGUUCUGCAGGAGAAGCCUAUUGAGAGUUUCAACGAGUAUCUGUUCGCCCUCCAGAGUCAUCUCUGCUACUGGCAAUCUGAAGACACGGCUCUGCUCAUUCUGAAGGAGAUCUACAAAAACAUGGGCGUCCACCCCGAACACUUAGUACAUUAAUCAUCCAGAGUAUUCCACAGAUGAGAAGUAUUUCCUUUAAGUUUAUAUCAUGUUAGCUUUCUAUUUUUUUUCUUUUUUCUAUUUCCCUUUUAUUUACCCUUGUUGUAGUUUAUUGUAUACAGAUGAAUAAUACAGUGGUAUUAUGCCAUUUGUCUUAAAUUAAGAAACAUACAAAUAUGGUAGUUGGUUGAAAGACACUCGACCAGUUUGAUAACACAUUUUAUAGUAUAAAUUAUAGACCGUGUCAAGUUUACUGAACAUAUGAAUCAAUGCCAACAGCAAAAAUGACAAGCAGCACAUGAUGCAGCUUUCUGUGUGUUUUAUUUUAUGGACAGAAUGUUAAAAUAAAUCAUUUCCCAGCAAA